AUGGCUCUCAUCAAUCCUGUUUACGCCAUCAUCGUCCCUUUCCUCUUCCUCUUCACCAUCCCGUUGGCGAUAUUUGCCGGGAUUACGACCACACUCGCAUUCACUGUCCUCAUCUUCAGAGUCAUUCUUGUCUACUUCGACCUCGCCUUAUCUAUGCUCCCAUCGUACAUUACCGGUCGACCUAGGUAUCUUUCCUAUGCGUCCAAGGCACCGGUAUCCGGUAGUCCGUCGCCGUCGCUAACGCCCACACGGCGUUCCGCUUCGCGUCGUACCAGGCGGCCGUCCUCUGCUUCCGCCGUCUCCGUUGGCACAAUAACACCCAUUUCGGAAGCAGGGGGGAUCGGCCUCUUCCCCUCUGUUGGUAUCGACCGUGACUACGAGGGUCUUGGCGGUUGGCGGUUUGGAAACGGAAACGACGAUGAGCUGUGGAUGACCAUCAAUUCGCGUCUUGAGCUACCGGAUCGCCAAUACCAGAGGCAUCAUCACCGGAGUCCCAGCGGCGGACCUACCACUCCGGGUGGCGGCGAUGGCUACCUGAUGAUGAAGGGAGGCCGCAACCGGAGCCCAGAGAGCAACCGCGGAGCAUAUACUGCCAUUGUGUCACCAAACAGCUCCAGGGCACGGACACCCACCAACACGCACAUCGCCUUCACAGCGCUCGACGGCGUUGAUGGCGACUACUUCCCGACUCUAUCAGCCAAGGCUGUGAGAAAGGUUGCAGUGGCGUGA